GUUAUAAUUUUGACAUUUGUCAAAAUGUCAACAAAUUUUGGUUUGUCAAUUGGCAUGUCAAUUGGUCAUUUAUCUAUGUUUGAAAGAAGUUAUAUGUUGGAUCAAUUUGAUGUAUUAUGUAUUAUUUAACUUUGUUAUUUAACGUGUAAAAGAGUACAUAAAAUAUUACACUACAAUUUUUUAUUUUAUAACCAAAACUAAUUAAGAUUGAACAAGAAAUUAGGAUCAAUAUACCGGCACUAAUAUGACAGGUGAAAUAGAAAAAAGCCAUUGUUUUAAAGUGCAGAAUAAAUUUAUUGUUAAAAGUGGUUGUAAAAAACGUAUGUGGAGAUCGCUGAAACAAAUAUUAGCGGCAGAAAGAGCAUUACCAUGGCCUAAUGACGCUGUUUUAUAUUAUUCAAUUAAUGCACCACCUACAUUUAAGCCAACUAAAAAGUAUUCAGAUAUCUCGGGUUUACCGGCUCCUUACGUUGAUCGUCACUCAAAACUCUACUACAGCAAUGCUGAAGAAUUUGCCACAGUAAGAAGUUUGCCUAUGGAUAUCACCGCUGGGUACUUACAACUCAGAGGUGCUAAUACAAUUGUUGGUUAAUUUUUAGGAAUUUGUAUAUUCAUUAAUAAAAAUAUUUAUUGCAAAA